CUUCACCCUUGAUUAUGACAAUUGUAACAAAACUCAAGAAAUUUCAAGAGAAUUCGGUAAAUCACAAUAAAUACCCCAGGAAGCCUUAAACGCAAUGGACCCACUUAUAAUUAAAAAAGAAAACGGAUUAAGCGUGUUGGACUCACCCAUCUCCACGGACUCUGGGAUUACUCUACAAUGCGAGCUAGACUACCCAGAGAAGACCAGUCAGGAAGAAACAGAAGACACGCCAAAAGUUGAAAUUGUGGUGGAAGGGAAUAGGGCUUUGAUCUACCGCAUCACGCAGUCGCCGCCCAUCUCCCUCAUGUUGUUGUUUGCGAUGCAGCAAUGCCUGCUGAGUAUUGUGAACCCGCUGAGUAAGGCCAUCAUAGUGUCUGAGGUUGUUUGUGCCAGCAAGGAUGACGAAAUUAAAGCUCAGCUUCUGAGUGCUACUCUACUCAUGACCGGAUUGGCUACUUUCCUCAUGUCGACCAUCGGGGUCAGACUUCCAAUUUUUCAAGGUCCAGCCUCUAGCUACAUGGUGCCAUUAAUUAGUUUAAUGACGCUUGAAGAAUGGAAAUGUCCAGAACCUUUUGAAGAAUUUGACAUGGAAACGAAUAGAACAGUUAUGAAAGCUGAUAUUGGAAAUGGCACAGUGGUGCUAAUGCAGGAGGUCAUUACUGACAAGAUCCUCAAACUAUCUGGGAGUUUAAUGUUGGCUGGCGGUAUACAUUUUUUGAUCGGGAUCACCGGAUUUGUAGGUGUGAUCAUUAGGUACGUAGGUCCAAUAACCGUGGUGCCUACAGUAAUUCUCGUGGGACUAGAAAUCAAAACAGUGGCUGUCAAGUUUUCUGAAACCAACUGGACCGUGGCUUUGAUGUGAGUGGUUCCUCUUGCUUUAGUGUUCUCGUUAUUUUUGUCCAACCGGAAAACUCCGAUUCCAAUGUGGGCCAGAGGCAAGGGCUUUUACAUCUUCUGGUAUCCUUUACAUCAGGUGUUUUCUAUUCUAUUGAGCAUUCUGAUUGGUUGGAUGGUAAGCGGCAUCAUGACAGAGGCUGGAGCGUUGUCUAGCGACACCAAAAGUAAACAAUACAUGGCCAGAACUGACGCUCGUGCGCAUGUCAUUGAAGACAUUGGCUGGUUCAUCUUCCCAUAUCCUGGUAUGUUCGGCUUGAUGACGUUCAGCGUGGGAGGUUUCAUCAGUUUUUUCGUGGCCACCAUCUUAUCCGUGCUGGACUCUAUCGGCGACUACAACGCCUGCGCUCGUACGGCCAGGGUCCCAGCCCCGCCCCCGUUCGCCUUCAACCGUGGCAUCGCCGUUGAGGGGUUCGUCAGCUUUCUGGGCGGCACGCUAGGCUGUUGUCACGCCACGUCUUCUUAUGGAGGGAAUAUUGGAGCUAUGGGAAUAACCAGGGUCGCAAGCAGAAGCGUGUUCCAACUAGCAGGCGUUAUUUACAUUUUGUUCGCCCUUUUUGGCAAGUUCGGAGCUGUGUUUGUCACCAUCCCCUACUCAGUCCUGGGUGGAUGUAAUAUCAUCAUCAUGGGUAUUUUCAUCGGCGUUAUUCUCUCUUAUCUACAGACUGUGGAUUUGAACUCAACCAGAAAUCUGGCCAUUAUGGGAGUUUCGCUUUUACUUGGAGUCAUGAUGCCGAUUUGGGUUGCCAAAAAUCCUCACGCAUUUAAUACAGGCAGUGUGACUGUCGACUCCUCUCUCAAGAUGCUGCUAACUAAUCCAUCAUUUGUAGGUGGAGCUUUUGCGUUCAUCAUGGACAACACAACCCCAGGAACACUUAAAGAGAGAGGCUUGUUACAUUUACUCAAGGAGCUUGAUGAAAGUGCCAAGAGAGCAUCCAACUUUGAGGAUGGGCUAGAGAUUUACAGACUGCCAUUUGUGCCAGAUUCUUUUCGACGACGAAAGCUGGCUAAAUACAUACCAAUCUUUGAUUACAUCGGCACAAAAUAAGACAAAAACUUAACAUCCUGCACUUUUAAAAAUACUAUGAUAAACUUUUCUAUUUCAUUGCUUUUGUAACUAUUAUUAAUCAUUACCAAAGGUGUCUAAUAAUAAUAAAUCCUGUGUAGAUUUUUCAUAACAAUU